AUGAUGAUUGGAUUCGCAGCGGUUUUUUUGAUCUCAAUGGUUGGAAAGGUUGUUUCGUUUUUCUUACGGAACACUACAGAUACCAAUCCGCUAGUUCUUGUCUUAUUGAUCCUUGCCGUCUACUUUGGCUUCACUGUUGUUUUCGAUUUCACUUACUACAAUGACUGUUCAAAAUGCGAUGCAGACUUUUGGGCGAUCAUUUCGAUUAUCGCUUCUCUUCAUGGAUUCCUCCUCUACUACACUGUAAUCAAAGCUUUGGAACUGGAAGGCUAUGUCCGUUUUGUUAUGAUUAUGUGGCAGGUGGUUUUCUCGGUUUCCGCCGCUACCAGUUCGAUUGAUAUCUACAUUUAUGCAAAGGGAAAUAUUGGAGUGCAUGAGGAAAGGAAGAAUAAAAAGAAAGAAGAAGUUCCGUUGGAGGAAGUGAAGGUGGUGUCGAAGCCAAAAGUCGAGGAUACUGUAAGAAAGCCAUUGGAGCUAACAGAGCCAACAGAGCCAAGAGCGCCAGCAGUAGUUACCCUAAUCACCGAGCGUUUGGAUUCUGAAGACUCAGAUUCUGCAGAAGAAGAUUCCGCAGAGGAGGAUACCAUCCCAUACUGCGAUACCUGCUACGACGACUACAGUGACUCCAGAAUCCCAAGAAUUCUUACAAAAUGUGGACAUACUAUCUGCGAGGAGUGUGCUAAGGGUCUCCUGAGAGGAAAUGGUAUCAGGUGUCCAUACUGUAAGAAUAUCACGUUGGUUAACGGACUGGUCAACUCGCUUCCCAAGAAUUUUGCGUUGAUGGAUAUCGUCGAAAGGGAAAUGAAGAAGUAUUAUGUUGAGUGA